AUGGACAAACCAAUCACUGAGCAAAUGAGCAACUCGGCCCUUCAUCGAAGCUCCUGGAGCUCUGUCUCAUCUACCUUCUCCACCCUCGAAAUGUCUUUCUCCCAUGACAGCUGCUAUGGCUCGGAUGAAGUUUCGGUUACAUCGAAUGGUUGCACCCCAGCUCAAUCAGGUGCAUCGAAUUCCACUACCAAACCGAACUUACGUCCUUUCUUGAAAUCGAUCCUCAAAACCUCCACCAUUGCCUUUGAUGACUCCGAUGAAGAGUCCGAUUCGGAAUCAGGCUAUAGCUCGGAUGGAAUUGAUUCUGAGUACGAUGCACUCUCCGAUGAAUCCGACGAAGACGACGGGGAUGAAUCCGACUUCUCGGUCUGGGAUGACACAAAUGGGGAGGUACCUGAGACGCACGAAGACCACACAGAGUCGUUCGACGAUGCCUUCAUCUCUUUUGAGGAGAAUUCAGUGCGCUUUGACCCGAAGGUGGAGUACAUUGACAGCGUGGAAGUAUCAGAUGAUGAAGCUCCUGAUCAUCAAAUGACUUGCCAUGAAAUGAUGAUGCUUGCUCGGGACUCCAAAGGUACCCAAACGCUUCUGGAUCAACUCGACAAAAUGGACAUGGCCGAUUCCGAUUCCGAUGAAAAUGACCACCCAGAGUUCGUUCGCAAACCCGCCAGCCAACCGGAAGAAUUUUCUCGUGAUGCCGUAGACUUGGACUGCAGCCUCUUUGUCGCUUACAUGAAUGGCAUCCACGGGAUUGCCACUCCGAAGUACCAAACAUACCUUCGAGUUCAGGUUGACCACAUACGCUUGGGCAAGGAUACCGAAUUCGUGGAUCCAGAGAGUGCGCCUUCAUUGUACCUCGACCUAGUCUCCAACCAUGUCAUUGGCACCUUCUGUAAUCUCCUCGCUGAAGACGAGCUCAAUGAGCUGAUUCGACUCUGCGCAGAAGAGCAAACCGGCGCUCAAAAUGAUACAAGCUCACCGACCCUAGACUUGGAUCAUCACCAAGCACUCUUGAACAAGAUCGAGAAAUUCCUGCUGGAUAGACUGGCGAAUGGACGCGUCGACAUCGGACCUGAUGAGCUGAGCUUCUUCGCUGGCGGCAUUGCACACGAACUCGGAACCAAACCCUUGCCUGCACAGGUCUAA